ACUCAAAAUUCUUUUAUAUUUUGGGUUUACAGCUAAACUUAAAAAAAAAAAAAAAAUCAGACCCUCUCAUAUCUGAUCCGUCUUCCUUCUCGCAGCAAUGCUGGGAGUUUAGCGGCGCCUUUGCUCUGCUCUUUCGCUUACUCUGCUUUCUUUUGAAGCCCUUCUGUGGCGACAAUGGCGUCAGUAACCAAAACCGGUCUGAUGGAGACUCCUCGUAGUAAACCGUCGCCACCUCGUCCACGAGUGAGUAAACUAAAUGCUGCUAAGUCAGAUGGCACUUCCUCUUCCCCAGCGGUGCCAAACACUCGUCUCUCCCUCGACCGUAGUUCUCCUACUCAGACAGUCAACUCAAAGCCUUCUCGGACUUCUAGAGUUCCUACACCCGAUAAAGUGCCAUCACGGUCGGUAAAAGGGUCGGAGCUGCAAGCCCAGCUGACUAAAAUUCAGGAGGAUUUGAAGAAAGCCGAGGAGCAAAUAGCAUUGCUCAAGGAUAGUAAAGCUAAAGCCACAGAUGAUCUUAAAGAAUCAAAUGAGAAACUCAGAGAGGCACUGGCAGCUCAGGAACAAGCCGAGGAGAGUUUCCAGGUGGAGAAACUCCGAGCUGUUGAACUCGAACGUGCAGCGUCGAGGAGCGAGCUUGAGUCUAUUAGGAACCAGCACGCGUCAGAGAUCUCAUCUCUCCUCUCUACCGCAGAAGAACUCGAGAGGGUUAAACACGAACUGACCGAUGCUAAAAGCAAGGCGCUAAGACGUGCCGAGGAAGCCACCAAGAUAUCUGAGAUCCAGGCUGAGAAGGUUGAGAUUCUUUCUUCCGAGUUAGGGCGGUUGAAGGCGUUUCUCAGUUCUAAGGAAGAGAAGGAAGCUAUUGAAGGUAACGAGAUCGCUUCUAAACUGAAGUCUGAAAUUGAAAUGCUGAGAAAGGAGCUUGAUAAGGUUAGUAUCAUUGAGACUAGCAUGAGAGAGAAAGAAGUAUCAAUUGAGAAGCUUAAUAUUUUAGCAGAAGAAUGGAAGAACAAGGUUCAUGAACUUGAAAAGCAAAUUGAAGAAUCAAAUAGAUUGAAGACAGAGUCUGUGGACUCUGUUAUGAAGAAGCUGGCUGAAUGUAAUCAGGUGCUGCAUGAGAUGAGGUCAGACAAUGCUGCACAAAAAGAAAAGAUUGAGGAUCUUGAGAGAACAAUUGAAGUGCAGGGAAAGGAUCUUGAGGAAUCUGGAAAGCAGGUCUGCAUAGCAAAAGAAGAAGCUUCUAAGAUGGAAAAGCUUGUUGAAUCAAUCAAAUCUGAGCUUGAGAUCUCCCAAGAAGAGAAAACUAAAGCCUUGGAGCUUUCAGUAGAGUUGGAGCGAUGUAAGAUGGAAGAAGAGAAGAGCAAGAAAGAUGCAGCGUUGGCUUUGCAGAAAGCAUCUAAUGAAACAAGGGAAGCGCUGAAGGAGGUCGAGUGCCGUGAAGCCCAAGUUGAAAGUUUGAAGGAGACAAAUGAAAAGUAUGAAACAAUGCUCGAGGAAGUAAGGAAAGAGAACGAUAGUCUUAAAAGCGAUCUAGAUAGCAAGUUUGAGAAGUCUAAGGCUGAGUGGGAACAGAAAGAGCUUCAUCUGAUGGAACGUGUGAAGAAAUCAGAAGAAGAAAAUUCGUCUUUGCAUGAAGAAGUAAGCAAGCUGAUGAAUCUGCUCAAAGAAAGUGAAGAAGAAGCCAAUCUCAAGGAAGCUGAGGGGGAGAUAAAGUAUCUACAGGAAACACUUGGAGAAGCAAAAGCAGAAAGCAUGAAACUUAAAGAGAGCUUGUUGGAUAAAGAAGAGGAGUUGGAGAAUGUCUUGGCAGAAAUCAGCAGCCUCAGAGAAUGGGAAAGUUGUGUACUCGAGAAAAUGGAGGAGUUAUCAAAGGUCAAAGAAGCUUUGUCUGAUCAAGGAACCAAGCUGUUGAGUAUUACUCAAGAAUCUGAGGAGCUGAAACGAAAGGAAGCUGCUCAUACGAGGCAGAUAGAGGAUUUGUCAAUGGCGAAUAGAGGUUUGGCUGAUAAUUUAUCCAAAUCGAAGAGAAUUGUUCAAGAUAGUGAAGCUGCUUAUCUUAAGAAGAUUGAGGAGUUAUCAGUGGCGAAUGAGAGCUUGGUAACGGAUCUGCAAAGCAUCACCCAAGAAAGUAAGGAGCUCAGAGAAAGGGAGGCUGCUUAUCUUAAUAAAAUUGAGGAGUUGUCAGCCGCAAAUGAGAGCUCGAUGGAUAAAGAAACAAAACUGCAGUGCAUUGAGCAAGAAGCUGAGGAGCUGAGAGGAAGGGAGUCUGUUCAUUUGAAGAAGAUUGAGGAGUUGUCAAAGGCGAAUAUGAGCUCGGUUGAUAUGAAGAAUAUUAUUCAAGAAAGAGAUGGUCUCAGAGAAAAGGAGGCUGCUUAUCUUAAGAAGAUUGAAGAAUUGUCAACAGCGAAUGAGAGCUUGGCUGAUAGCGUAACCAAUCUUCAGAAAGUUUCUGACGAAAGUAAGGAUCUCAGAGAAAGAGAGAACGUGUUACUUAAGAAGACUGAGGAGUUCUCACAGUUGAGUAAAAGCCUAGUUGAGAAAGAGACCAAAUUGCAGACAGCUAUUCAGGAGAAUGAGGAAUUGAGAGAAAGAGAGUCUGCUUAUCUUAGAAAAACUGAGGACUUGUCAAAACUGCAUGAAGCCUUUACUGAUAAAGAAACCAAACUCCAGGGUUCUAUUCAAGAAAAAGAGGAGCUCAAAGAAAGGGAGACUGCUUAUCUCAAGAAGAUUGAGGAGUUGUCAAAGGUGCAAGAGGAUCUUCUUAAUAAAGAAAAUGAGUUGAAUAGUAUGCUCGUGGAGGUUGAGGAUCUUAGAUCCAAGGACUCUCUAGCCCAAAAGAGGAUAGAAAAGUUAUCAAACUUCAACGAAAGCUUACUCGUGAAAGAGAACGAGUUACAGGCUGUCAUUUGCGAAAACGUGGAGCUGACGUCCAAGGAGGUUUCAUCACUCGAGACAAUAGACGAGUUAUCAGAUCUUAAUCACAGUUUGCUUCUUAAAGAAACGGAGCUGAAGGCUGCGAUGGUUGAAAACGAGAAGCUCAAGGCCGGAGCAGCCUCGUCCCUUGAGAGGAUUGAAGAGUUGACAAAACUCAAACAGAGUUUGCUCGACAAGCAGAACGAGUUCCAUGGUGUUUUACAUGAAAACGAGGAGCUCAAGGCCAAGGAAGCUUCUUCGUUGAUAAAGAUUGAUGAGUUGUUACAUCUUGAGCAGAGCUGGCUUGAUAAAGAAAGCGAGUUUCAAAGAGUCACUGAGGAAAACGAAGAGCUUAAAACGCGUGAUGCUUUAGCAGCAAGGAAGAUAGAGGAGUUGUCGAAGCUGAAAGAGAGUUUACUUGACAAAAGGACAGAGCUAGAGACAGCCAUGCAGGAUAACGAUGAGCUAAAGGGCAGGGAAGCUGCCAGUCUUGAGAAAAUGGAGGAGUUAUCAAAGCUGCUAGAGGAAGCUUCACCUACCAAAGAGAUAUCAGUUCUUGGAAAUAGCAUCGGAAACGAUUAUGACUUGGUUCAGUUUUCUGAAGUAAAUGGUUGUGGGAGUGUGGAUGAAAAGACAGAGACUAAUCUUUUUAAUGACAGAAGCAGAGAUGAAAGUCCCAUGGAAGCCACAGCUCGUAGUGUUGAAGAAGGAAAAAUAGAGAAAGACGGUGUGGAGACUGAGUUCAAGAUGUGGGAGAGCUACAAGAUCGAAAGAAGCGAAGUAUCUGCAGAGAUAGAAACCGAGCUAGACUCUGUGGAAGAGGAAACUGAGUCAAAAACAGAAGGUAGUGAGAACUUGGAUCAGUUCAACAAUGGCUUCUCUUCAACAGACCACUACACAGAAGACUCUGGAAGUCUGCUCUUAAAGGAACAACAUAUGAAGAAGAAGAAACCUCUGCUCCGAAAAUUUGGAAACCUGCUUAAAAAGAAGAGUACAAGCUGCAGCAGCAGCAGCAUCAGUCAGAAGUAGAGGAAGAUGAUCCCUUUGUAAAACUGGACAAUUCUUGGUUUAUAUUUAUUGUUUUCUUAAAAGUUUAACACUAUAGCUCUAAACUUGAUCAAAGUGUUUUGAUGCUUUCACAUGGCUAACAGUUCAAGAUUUAGAUUGUCUGUGACA